AUGAAUGUGAACGUAAUUCGCGUGGAAUGCAACAUCACCGCGGGAGCGUACAGCAACGAGCAACUCGUGCACACAAUACACGAAUUCGCUCCGAACGUACCACUGGGAUAUAAACUGUCGAAAACGCCGCGCCAACUCAUUUACCUCCCGGUCUUCGUAAGGAACGUUACAGACAUUACGGUGCGCAUAGUGGAUCAGAACGGUCGAUUGAUCGAUUUUCGCGGCAAAACGAUAUCGGUGCGCUUGCACACACAAGUGACAACAACAACAACAUCAACGAUGAACGACGUACUCAACGUCGGUGGUGAACCUGUCUUCGACGAUCGUAUCGUCAAGAUCGAGACUUACACGUACAAUCCAUACGCCAAUACAUCGUUUAGUCACAGCAAUGAGAUACGCAUACUCAUUCAACAACAAGAUGUUUACACUUUGUCGUCCGACAGUUACUUAUACGUCGAAGGAAAGUUCAGUCUGCAAAUCACCGCUGGAGCGGUGGAAGGAAGCGGCGCGGUUGCCACCGCCGCCGCGUUGACGAACAAUUGCAUGGCUUUUAUGUUCGAUAAGAUCAGAUACGAGCUCAAUGCGAAACGGGGAACGUUCUGCGACAUGCCGGAUGAAACCUAUCCACCACCAAUAAAGGUGCUGGUGAGUUCAAUUUUUGUGUACCUCUCCGCACAUUGCUGGGACUAUAAACGCGUUGUGAUCAACGCGAGACACGAACUCGUUCUGAUACGAUCGCGCAACGCCAACAAUAGCGUCGUUGCUUCGGCUAACAGCGGACCAACGGUGGAAUUGCACAAGGUGAAGUGGCGAAUGCCGCACGUUGUGUUAAACGAUGUGAACAAAUUGAAGCUGUUGCGCACUUUGGAAAGCGGUCAAUAUUUGACCAUGGGUUUUCGCUCGUGGGAUCUNUAUGAGUAUCCGCUGUUACAGAGCACAACAUCUCAUUUGUGGGGUGUAAAAGCGGCGACACAGUUGGAAAAACCACGUUACAUCAUUUUUGCGUUGCAGACCGGUCGAAAGAAUGUUGUCAGCCGAGAUUGCUCGCGAUUCGAUCAUUGCAACUUAUCCAAUGUAAAGUUGUUCCUAAAUUCGGAUUUCUAUCUCUACGACGAUUUGAAUCUAGAUUUUGGUAAGGAACAAUACGCCAUUUUGUAUGACAAGUACAUCAAAUUCAGACGAUUCUACUACGGAUGCGACAAGAACGAGGCGCUUCUAACGUUGGACAAGUUCAUCUAUUGCGGACCGCUCGUAGUCAUCGACUGUUCGCGCCAAAACGAAACAGUCAAAAGCGUCACCGUUGACGUUUGCAUUGAAUUUAACUGCAAAGAAAAUGUACCCACCGAUACAACCGCGUACUGUCUGAUCAUACACGAUNGCAUCGUCGAAUACAACCCGCUGACCAGCGUCGUGCGACGUAUCGUUUAG